CGAGAUUUAGAGUGGAAAGAUGUCAACUUUCUUCACACGACAGACACCCACGGCUGGUACUCUGGGCACCUCAAUCAAAAGACUUACAAUGCCAAUUGGGGCGAUUUUGUAUCAUUUGUAACACGUAUGCGUGAAAAAGCUAAGGCAAAUGGCCAAGAUUUGCUCUUGGUGGAUAGUGGAGAUCGCCAUGAUGGGAACGGCUUAUCGGAUAUCACCACUCCCAACGGCAUCAAGUCGACUCCAAUAUUCAUCAAACAGGAGUAUGAUAUCUUGACCACGGGUAAUCACGAGUUGUAUGUUUGGGAAAACCUGAAAAUGGAGUAUGAAGUGAUUGCGAAACACUUUCCUGAAAAUUACGUUUCGUCAAAUGUCGAGUUCAAGUUGGAAAAUGGCACCUUCGUGCCAUUUGGCAAGAGAUACAGAUACUUCACGACCCCUAAUAGAAAUCUUCGUGUUCUUGCGUUCGGUUUUCUUUUUGAUUUUAACAGGUACAAUGAUGGAACCAGAGUGAUUCCUAUCCAAGAAAUUGUAGACCAAUCCCAUUGGUUCAACGAAACAUUGCAUGCACAUCCAGCAGGAGAAGUUGAUAUCAUUGUGGUUGUUGCCCAUGUGCCUGUUCAGCGUGAAUGGCCGGAGUUGUUCUAUCUCCAUAAUCACUUGCGUAAGUUCUACCCUGACACGCUCAUUCAGUAUUUCGGAGGCCACAGUCAUAUCAGAGACUUCACUGUGUUUGACAAUAAAUCUACUGGUUUGCAGAGUGGCAGGUACUGUGAAACUGUCGGCUGGAAUGGUGUAAACACGAAUGUUGAAGCAAUUAGUAACAUCCGUGGCAGAUAUCUGAGAUCGUAUAUCGAUUUCAAUGUCAAUUCCUUCUUGCACCAUUCCAAGUUCGAUUCCAAAGACGACUUUGAUACGCAGAAAGGAGUGGAAGUGACUGAAUUGAUCAAGAAAACGCGGAAAUCGUUGAACUUGAAUAAGCCUCUAGGCUACGUAAAAGAAAACUACUUUGUAGACUAUGUUCCUCUAGCAAAUCACAAGAAUAUUUUUAAUCUCCUAUCAAACAAGAUAUUGCCUGAAUUGAUUCCAGAGAGUAAGAAUAUCACUACUGCCAGUGAGAGAAUCAUCAUCAUCAACACUGGAUCCAUAAGAUAUGAUUUGUACAAAGGUUCCUACACAAUAGACUCCAUGUACAUUGUGUCACCGUUCCAGAAUCAGUGGCAUAAGAUGACUUUGCCGAAAUCAAUCGCAGUUCAAGUUGCAACAACUUUGAAUGCAGCUAGAAAAAUCGACAAUAGAGAACUUGCUCCACCACACCAGUACUUACAAUCAUCUGAUGCUGAUGUAACAAAAGUUUCUAAAAGACAGCAAGUCUUCCAUUACCCCGUAAAAGUCAAGUUGUCUAAGGGGUAUGUUACCUACGACGACUUUGGUCUGGAUGGAGACGAUACGCCACACAAAGCUGUGGUUAACUUCCCUAUUCCAAAUGUUAUUGAGUCCCGGCAGUUGGACAAGCGUACUGGUGAUGACACCUCUAUUGAUUUGGUAUUCUACGACUUCAUUACGCCCAAUAUUUUGUGGGCUCUAGAGCAAUUGAAUUAUACUGUCCUGGCUAGCUCCGAAUUCUACUCCAGUAAGUAUUUGGGACUCAUAAUGAAUGACUUUUUCAAGGAGAAAUAG